AUGGAGUUAUAUCGUCGCUUCCGAUGCCUCACGCCCGACAUAUCGGACGGCGACAUGCGCGCCGUCGCCGUCGCGCUCCGGCGCGUGCAGCGCAUCGCGCUGCUGCUCGAGAGACCCGUGCCCCUCGAGUCUCCGCCUACUCUGCGCUCGCUGGUCCACUUCGCGACGCUUUGCCCGCAACUCGUGGAUCUCAACUCCGCCAUCCCGAGCGCGCUCCCCGGCGAGGGGCCCGUGCAGUGCGACGCCCUGCGGAUACUGCAUCUGGGGGACUCUAGUCCGGCGACGGAACCAAAACGGCUUGCCGCGUGUUUACACCGCCUGUUCCCGCACCUGGAUGUUGCUGCACGAGAUAGGCCUCCUACAACGGGACCCGGAGGCUCGGAAAAACGAGUAGCAGACGGCAACGAAACCCGAGACACAAGCUGCCGCAUAUCCUCUGGACAUGUGCAUCGUUGGGACUCCUCCACCACUGUGCCCAUGGACUACAUCUACAGCAACGCCACUCUAGAUCAUGCUGCUACCUCGUACCCUCCACCCUCCGAGUCUAGUCCAGAGACAAGUAGUGCCUGUCAUCGCGCUCUGCGGUGCACCGAAAUCUUGGAUCAAGUCUUGCAGGAAUUCUACUCAUGGACGCUUCCCGAGAGGUAUCGCGCAUCCCACCAUGUUGCGCUUGUGUGUCAUGCGUUCUUUCACUCCGCGGCCGCGGUAACAUGGCACGACAUUCCUAGCCUGGAACCUCUCUACUCCCUCCUUGUGGCUGGAGCCAUACAACCCGGCGAUACUGUCAGUUUCAAUCCCCCGCAGGCAGCAUGGACGCGCUUCCUUCGCUAUACAUCCCUCAUCCGUAUAGUGCGCAAACUGGAACUCCGGGAACUUGAUAGCGACCGUUUUCGCGUCUUGGUCAAAUGCAAUGGUGGACGCACAAUCCUGCCGUCUGUUCCUAUUAACAUCGACAUCCCUCUCUCCGACCUUUUCAGGCUCAGCGGCGCCGUAGCGGAGGCAUUCCCAUCCCUGGAAAGGGCUACUCUUCCCCUCUCCGCCCUCCUACAAUCACGCAAGACUAUACCAGUUUUCAUCGCCGGCCUCGUCGCAUUGCCGCGAUUGAAGACUCUCGAGCUGACUGUCUCCGAGAUCUUGAAUUCCUUUCAACUCGAAGCGACCUUGGUAGAUAGGCUCAUCUGCGCGCUUCCUCGGCUCGAACAUUUGCAUAUCGGAAAUCCCUCAGUCCACAGUAUCCCACUCCGACUGGAUCCAUGGCGAGGAGCCACCGCAUACCCCCUGGCGCCGAGGCUUCGCCAUCUCGUCUACUCCGGCACAUGGGACGCAGUCGCCAGUUUGCCCUCUGCGUUGACGUGCCCUUGUCUGGAGGAGCUGCGCUUCUCGAUGAGACAGCGCUUCUCGCCUGACCACGCCCAAGACUGCGUGACAGUGCUCUCCGGGUGCGUGCGGGACAUCGCAGAAGCGCGUUUCGCCCCGCAUCUGCGCACGCUGAGCGUAAACGCGCGGUACAGCGUGUCUGGCGGUAUCGAGAGCUCGGUACUCCCGCCUAUGGCAGACCUGCUCGGCCCCCUCUUUGCGCUGGAGCGCUUGGAAACGCUGUGCUUCAAGCUGCACGGCCGGCCAUUCCCCUCCCUACCUGCGGAGUACUCCGCGGACGACGACAUGCACGCCGUGGCGGCGGGUCUCCCCCGUAUACACUACCUGGAGCUGCGACACCACCGUCACGUAUCGGGCCCGCUUUCUUUCGCGACGCUGCACUCGCUGGUCCAUUUUGCGACGCUCUGUCCGCACCUGGUCAGCCUGGAUUUGGCUGUCCUCACGGAUGGCGACAUUCCCUCGUAUACGCUGCCUAAGCCCCGGCACCCUGGGGACAGCACCGUGCGGCGGCUGGUGCUGGCUCCCGGCGUGGCGGCUGAAGUCGGGCGAUGUCUCUCCCUGAGCGAAGCGCAUUCGCUGGCCGCGUUUCUGCACCAUCUCUUUCCCAGAUUGGAUAUCCCGGAGUGUUCCUUUAGGAACUUCUAUGAGGAUGGCGUGGUGCGAGACAGAUUAGAGGCAAUUUUGAUAUUUCCACCCGACCAGGAGAGGUACUCGCGCGUGCUCGUAACUGGGCGCGAGCUUUGA